UCUGCCCCUGCAACAGGGAAGUCCUGCUCAGAGCUGGCAAUCAGACCGCAGAGAAGUGUUGAAAUGAGGAAGACAGAUGAAGUAAGUCACAGAAGGGUCUCACCCAUCACUCAGCAGACUCCUGGGUCUCCCGCCAAGAGAAACAGACCAUGCCCUUCCGUCCCAUGGACACACCGGCUGGAGCUGGCCUUGGCCUGCUUCUGGUGGCAGGAGGUCCUCGGCCUGGCACCAGGUCCUCCCUGGAGCCCCGAGAGCAGGGAGACAGCAGCAGGCAGGUGAGGAACUCAAGAAGUGCCCAACAGGGUCUGGGGACAGGCCAGUGGCUGUCCCCGCCUCCUUUCCUUCCUCCUCUGCCCUGCCCACCAGUGGGGCCUGUGGAGCAGAAGCCACUGUCACUUCCUGAAGGCAGCAGCCUCAGCUCAGGUCGCACUCGCCCUGUGGCCCAUCAUCUGCCUGCAGCCAUGGGAAGCCAUCAGGAUUUCCGGAGCCUUCAAGCAAAGUUCCAGGCCUCUCAGCCCGAGACCAGCGAACUCCCUCUAAAAUCCCCUAAGCCCGAGUUCAAGAAACUCCUCAAGAAGUUUCCGCAGCCUGAGCUAAGCGAGCACUCCAAGAAGCCCCCGCAGCCUGAGUUCAAUGUCGUGCCCAGGAAGCCCCCGCAGCCUGAGUUCAGUGAUCUCCACAAGAAGCCCCCGCAGCCCGAGUUCACUGAUCUCCACAAGAAGCCCCCGCAGCCCGAGUUCACUGAUCUCCACAAGAAGCCCCCGCAGCCCGAGUUCAGUGUCGUGCCCAGGAAGCCCCCGCAGCCUGAGUUCAGUGAUCUCCGCAAGAAGCCCCCGCAGCCUGAGUUCAGUGAUCUCCACAAGAAGCCCCCGCAGCCCGAGUUCAGUGAGCUCCACAAGAAGCCCCCGCAGCCCGAGUUCAGUGUCGUGCCCAGGAAGCCCCCGCAGCCUGAGUUCAGUGAUCUCCACAAGAAGCCCCCGCAGCCUGAGUUCACUGAUCUCCACAAGAAGCCCCCGCAGCCUGAGUUCACUGAUCUCCACAAGAAGCCCCCGCAGCCUGAGUUCACUGAUCUCCACAAGAAGCCCCCGCAGCCUGAGUUCAGUGAUCUACACAAGAAGCCCCCGCAGCCUGAGUUCACUGAUCUCCACAAGAAGCCCCCGCAGCCCGAGUUCAGUGUCGUGCCCAGGAAGCCCCCGCAGCCUGAGUUCAGUGAUCUCCACAAGAAGCCCCCGCAGCCUGAGUUCAGUGAUCUCCACAAGAAGCCCCCACAGCCCGAAUUCAGUGCAGUGCCCAAGAAGCCCCCGCAGCCUGAGUUCACUGACCUGCCCAAGAAGCCCUCCAAACCUGAGUCCAGUGAACGCUUCAAGAAGCCCCCACAGCUCGAGGCCACUCCGUUCCCCAGAAAGCCCCCACAGCCUGAGGUGGUUGAGGCCCCUCAGAAGGCUUCACAGCCCGAGCCAAGUGCACUUGCACAGAAGUCCCCGAAGCCUGAGCUCAGCAACCCCACCAGCUCCCCCACAGAACCCAAAUUCAGUACAUUCCCUAGGAAAUCUUGCCAGCCUGAGCCCAACGAGGCCACCCCAAAGCCUGAGUUCAGUACCUUCCCAAGGAAGCCCCCGCAGCCUGAGUUCAGUGUGCUCCCCAGAAAGCCCCAGCAGCUUCAGGUCGGUGGCCUCCCUAAGAAGUCCCUGCCACAGCCCGAGUUCAGCGAGGUCCCUCAGAUGUCCCCCCAGAAGCCUGAGCCCAGUGAGCCCCACCCCCACUCCUCACAGCCCAACUUCAGUGCCUUUCCUAAAAAGACCCCACCACCUCAGCUGAGUGACCUCCCCAAGAAGCCCCUGCAGCCUGAGUCUGCUGACCUCCCCAGGACAUCCUCCGAGCCUGAAGUCUGUGUGUUUCCCAAGAGGCCCUGGCAGUCUGAAUUCAAAGCGCUCUCUAAGAAGCCCCCGAAGCCUGAGCUGGGUGGCCUCCCCAGGACCACCUCAGAGCCUGAGGUCAGCCUGCUCCCCAGGAAGUUUCUGCAGCCAGAAGGCCAGGGGCCCUUCCGCAAGUUCUCGCAGCCUGAGCCCAACGCUCUGCCCAAAAAGAACUGGGCCGAGUUCUUUGGGGAUCACUCUAGAAAGCCUCCACUGCCUGGCUCGGUUUCGGAGAGCUCACUGCCCACCGCCAUUGAGGGCUCCAGCCCCAGGUUCAGAAUCAGGCAGCAGAGGUCAGGAGCUCUCACUCACAGUGGAGGAUCAAGACUGGGCCUCAAACCCAGACACCCACCCCAGCGGAGGCCUCUACCCCCAGUCAGCAGCCUAGGACCCCCUCCAGCCAAGCCCCCGCUGCCCCCGGGCCUCAGGGAUGUCGAGAGCUUUCAGAGACACUCAGCAGCAGCCACAGCUCUGCGGAGGACCUGCUCUGCUGCUGGAAUCCACUUCCAGGCCCCACAGCCUAAGCACAUGGCGCAGGACCCGGACGAGAUCUAUGAGCUGUACGACGACGUGGCACCCUCAGAUGAUUCCAGAUCCAGCCUCAAGGGCAGAGAUCAAGUGCCACCCACCCAGCAACCCCCCAGGAAGUCACAAGAGCUUGAACUCAGGAAGGAGAAGGCCCCCCAGCCACAGUUGCUGCCCACGGACCCGAAGGUCCUGAAGCAGAUCCGGAAGGCAGAGAAAGCCGAGAGGGAGUUCCGGAAGAAGUUCAAGUUUGACGGGGAGAUUGUGAUUCACACCAGGAUGAUGAUCGACCCCAAUGCCAAGACGCGUCGGGGGGGCGGCAAGCACCUGGCAAUCCGGCGCGGGGAGAUCCUGGAGGUGAUCGAGUACACCAACCAGGAGGAGAUGCUGUGCAGGAACAGCAAGGGCAAGUACGGCUACGUGCCCAGGAUAGCGCUGCUACCCCUGGAAACGGAGGUGUACGACGACGUUGGCUUCUGGGACCCUCUGGAGAGCCAACCAUUCCCCAGAGGACGAUAAGGCCCGACGGUGUGGGGACCCGGGAGAAUACGCCAGCCUAGCCACCUACUAAUCCAGGAGUCCUGGUCCCAGCUUGGAGGUCACAGAAUUGCCAAGGCUCAUGCCUGACCAUGUACACGGACCGCAUAAAGUCCCUUUUUAAAGUGA